CGAUGUAGCGCCACACACAACAUGGUGGAAGAGUUGUGUCGGGUGGCGACGACACGCAGCCGUCAAGCACGAGCGGCUGCAAAAGUAACCUCGCCCUUCUUACGACAGCGGGCUGAGGGGCGGUGGCAGCAGUCCUGAGGGACUGAGGCGGCGGCGGCGGGAGGCCUGGGCGGGCUCGGCCCAUAUAGCCGUAACGGCCGUUACGCCCGCACCGGCCGUCCUGUGGCGCAGCUGGAGGGCGCUGCUAAGGGACGGGGCGUUGCGCGGGGAUCGGCGGCCGCGUGCGGGCCUGGUGCUGGGAGCACUGUGUCCGUGCUCGGAGGCCCCGAGGAGGCGGCGGGAAGAUGCCGAUUUGGCACCUACAGAUUCCAGGUUUCCUUGGAGACAACGCUGCUGGUAAUUGUCAGGUGAUGGGAAAAAUUCAGGACCAGAGGAAGCAGACAAGGCAAGGCAUAAUAAAGCAGUGAAGAGAAACUGAAGGAAGUAUUGUAUAUCUUGCUGAUGAGAAAACUGAUUCUGCAGUAAUUGGGCAAACUGGGUAUAUAUGUAGCAAAAUCUAAAAAGGUUGGAAGUGCUUGGAAAGCAUGGGUUACGAUAUUGAACGUUUUGUUGGCUACGUUAAUGAAGGGCUCCUGUGCUCCAUCUGCCGUGAUGUGUUGGAAGAUCCACUACAGGCUCCUUGUGAACAUGCUUUCUGUACUGCUUGUAUACAUGGCUGGCUUGUUCAUCACAGUAACUGCCCCGAAGACAGACAAGUGAUUGAUGUCUCUGUGCUAAGACCUCUGUACAGGUAUAUGAAAAAUGAUCUAAAUCGUCUUCAACUCCAUUGCAAAAACAGGGAGUGUGGCUGUGAAAUGGUUUGCUCCCUCGAGUCUAUAGACCGGCAUGAGAGGGAGUGUGAAUACAGUCAGAUACCCUGCUCCAAUGCUGGCUGCACAGUUCAGAUUGAGCGACGUAACCUUGAUGGCCACUUGGCGGUGUGUGAAUAUCGGAGCCGAGAGUGCCCCAAUGGUUGUGGGUACACCAUCCUCAGUGCAGAAGACACACAGCAUAAUUGUGUAGCGGAGCUGAGAACUGAGCUAGAACUACUUCGGUCAGAAAUGAUCUGCAGAGUGGAGGAAGCAAAACAUGAGAUGGAGUCGAGAUUAGAUUCCCAAAGAAGGCAUAUGGUCCAAAAAGAAAGUGUUCUGCAAAACGAAAUUGAGGAGCUCAAGAGUCAGAUGUCGCGAGUGAUGUCGGAUGUGCGUUCCCUCAUGGCCGCAGAGCGACAGCAUCGGCAAGAACUGGAGCAAGCAGAGCUGGAGAAACGGGAACUAAUGGAGCUGCUGAGGGGGCUGCAGAAGGACUGUCGGUUAAGCACUGCAGAGGGAAGCAGGAAGACAACAAACUUCCGCCCCCUGACACGACUGGAGAGUGCAAAACGAAAACCUAGGGAAGUUACAGUUAUCUAAACACAAGUAAGCUCAAAAAGCAUUUUCUUCUAGUUUCUGUGACCAUCUGGCAAACUUUUCUGCUCUCCGUGAGUGAUUGGUAAAUUAUUUCUGGUACGCUCACUUUCUUGGUAAAAACUUUCUUUCCUCUUGGGCCAUAGAAACAAACGGGAGAGUUUUUUCUUAUGGGAUAUGGAGCAUUAAACCCAGUGUAAGGACUUUCAGCUAUAUGUUAUCAUAAAGAAAGGGGAAAUUCAUUGAUUUGUAUCUCUUCAGUGUGUCAUUUAUAGAGUUAUUUCAAGCCUGAAGAUCAGAACUAGUCAAAUACUUAAAGAUUUUUUUCCUUUCCGAUCCAUUAUUGUCCAAGUCUAGUUUAUGCAUGGACUUGAAAAAGAAAGAAAAUGGGAUUAUUGGUAAUGACAUUUGAGAUCUACUUAAUUUGGGGAGAGUCAGUAAUACAAGUUAAUGGAUUGUUUUGUUGUUUUUUGUAUAGUCUGUGGGAGGUAUAUGAGGUAUAUUUCAAAGGUGAAAAGAAAGCACUUUAAAUUCUAAUUCUACCACUGUGUAAGAGCUCCAAGUAAGGAUGACUUAACCUCAGAGCUUCUCUGACUUCCCAAUCUUGAGAGAUACACACUUAGGAGAUAUGUACCAAAGCCCAAGGUAAUAGCAUCCCCUAAAAACUUCUGUAUAGACCUUUGUGUAACUUGGGGUUUGUGGGGGAAAGGCCUUGCAUUUUAUGUAACUAUUUGGAGAUUUUUUAUGUAAAAGUAUCAGAUUUCUACCAGGUCCUUAAGCCUAAGCUCAGUCUCUUAAGUACUCUUAAAGAGAUACAUACAUACUUUGAGUUUCUGAUUUUCUUUUGGUAGAUUUAAGGCUACUUGUACAUUAAUGUCACAACAGAGGGCUAUUUGCACAGUGGCUACUUGGAAUGUUUUUAUUAGGGCUCAAGUCUGCAACUGUGUAAGAGCUAGGACUUUACAACAGGGAUACAAAUGCUGAAUGAAGGGGGCAUAUCCCUGUAAAGGCUGUGAUAUUCAUGGGAAAGAAAUCUGUACAGUUUGAAGACUCAUCCCUAUACUUCUCACAAAGCCUGUUUGUGUUGAUUUCACUGCUAUAACUAAGCCAUAUUCUGUCUCCUGGUGCAGCUCUUCAGUGGAAUAAUUAGGAAAGAACCUGGCCUCCUGCUUACUGAGUACUUUAAAUCAUUUUUCAGGAAAGCUGGGUGCAGGCACAACAGUCUUCAUAACCUCCCUCUCUAGAAAACAUACAUUUCUGUGUCUAAUUUCCUGUCCCUCAGAUCAACACUUUUAUGGCUAAAAACAUAACCAAAGAGAGAGAUUGCAACCUUCUUUAGCACAUACAUUACAUGAGAAGGACUUGUGGUCAGUUUUCUUAAUUUUGGGCAGUAAUAAAUCCUUCUAACUUGCUUUUCCUUCAAUACAGCUGAAACAACUGCACACAUCUUCCAUUUUUGUGCAUUUAAAACCAACAAGUAAUUCUCCUGUAAAGGUUUUCUUUUGUUUUGCAGCUAUUCACAGGAUGAGCGAUGACCAAAUAUUUAUUUGGUUCUCAGUUUACUCUUUUUAUAUCCUAGGUUGAACUACAGUCAUUGACAGUAUCUAAGUCAUUGUUAGCAGUCUCUUCCAGCUCAUGACAUAGCACCUCUCUCAAGCAGCCAUACUGAACAAAGUGAAGCAGUAGUUAUAAUUUGGGAAAAUUCACACCAAACAUUCAGUGGUCGAUUCCCAUAUCAGUGUGCAUAUCAGAGCUGUAAAUAGAAACUAAGAAUGCUUUUAUUACCUCGUGUGCUAGGUAAGGAAGCUUUUAGUGUCUGGUUUUUUUUCUUUGGUGCCUGUUCACACUAACAUUCACACUAAUUUUGAAGCUUCUAAGCAACAUCAGAUUUCAUGCUGUUAGGAUCAGUAUAUUUGCAGGAUGUGAUUUUCUGUGUUCUAUAGUUGUGUGGUUGUGUGAUGUGGCUUCAACUAUCUUGCUUAAUGUGAAAGAAGAAAAUUCCUUCAAAAUCCUGCGGAACUCAGAUGAGCUGGAUCAUCCUUCCUGGUUUGGAGUGCAGUGAUAAUAUCUUCCAUUCUGAACAGGGGAAAAAAAAAAACCAAGGAACUAGCUCUGUGCUUUUCUCUUAAUGAGAUCUCUGCGUUUGUUCUAAGAAUUUCACCCACUGAUUUUAUCACUGAAUUCCUUCUAGUAUAGGAGAAAGGAUUUAUUUAAUAUUUGCUUAGCAGUUGGGCUACUGCUGUCCCCUAAGUUACAUACGUGGAGUUGUGUGAGAAAACACAUCUUAGGAGGUAAAGCUGACUUUCUGCUGCACAAUCUAUGGAGCUUCUAUUUGCCAGCUCUGGGGGGUCUGAACUUCCAGUGUUAAAGUGGGGCAGUGCUUUGAGCCCACUUGCUGCUGGAAUGACCUGUCAGCUUGGGUCUCCUUGAGACCCUCCUACCCAAUGUAGGUAUUUUAAAUGGGGUUACACCAGCUGAUAGCAUUGGUUCCUUCCAGAUAUUUAAGGCUGAUCCUACUCCUCAAUGAUGGCAGCUUGUCUGCACUUCAGAUGUUCCUCUACUAGGGAACCACACGCAGGGCAGUCUAUGUUGAACAUGGUCAUCGUUUUACCUGUUCCUUAAAAUUAACUAGACUGAAAUGAAACAGCCUGUUAUAAUAAUAUCCAGUUUUACCUUUUCCAGUCUCAUGUGUUACGCAGCUGAUAGUAGCAGCUAGCAGAAGCAAGGAAUUUUUUAUUCUUUCUUUCAAUUCUCAUAAAAGGGUUAAGUAAGGGUCCAAAUAUUGUAGUAGAUAUUGUAAGUGAAGGUGCUCACUUAGAAGUGCUUCUUGUGACUGGGAACAAGGGUGUUAAAUAUUCUCAUAGUACAUCACAACACAACAAAUUCCAUUUCCUCACAGUUGGAACUGUGCUGAGAGCACACUGAACAGUUACUCAAGUGGACCAGUAGCCAUGCAAGCAGCUGUACUUAGCAGCUACAACAGAGAGCAAAGGCUGGGGGGAAGGGAGGCUGGAAAGAAGGAACUGCAGACUUCUUUGUGUCUGCAGAAGCUCAGCCUGAGAGCAGUUAUGUGGCAACAGCAGCCUCUGCAGCAGCUGGCUUACCAGCAAGGAAUGCUGCCUUGGGGCAUCACAAUUACUGUACCUUACAAUUAAAGGGAGAUUAAGUCUGUGUUUCCAGAUAAAUGCAAUAGUACCAAACCUGCAAGAAUCUCAGACAAAAUUCAGAGAGAGCAAGUUAGUAAGUGAGAUUACAAGGAGCAAAUCCUUAUCCUACAUUAAAUUGGGUGUAAAUAAGAGUAGGGAUGUAUUAAAGAGAUUAACACCUUUAAAGUGAAUGGAAAUGUUUGGCUUUGAAAGAAAGGUCAACAUUUACCUAUUUAUUCUGAAGACUUGCAAGAUACCAGUUAAAAGUAUUUUGAAAUUAGUUCCCUUAAACUGACUUCUCCCACUUGAGCUGUCAAAUUCAAGCCUAAAUAUUGCUUCCUCUGUUUCCUUCAUGGUUAAAGCUAUGUUCUCAUUCUCCUGCAUUCCUCUUAAAGCAAAGCUCGUCAGAGGUCUCAGAGUUGAACCACUGCUCCCAGGAUCACUUUACUUUACUUGGAAAUAGUUGGGAGUGCUUCUGUUAAGUUUAGCUGACUUACAAUGGAGAACCAUGCAUCUGAGUCAGAUACAGGAGUUGCAAAGCAGAAUUCUGCUGGCCUUACUCAUAAAGAUGGCAGGUUUUAGUACAAUGCUCGUACUGGAUUAACAGUCCUUUAUAAAGGAGGUUUGCUUAACACUACAGAAUCACAGAAUGGCCGAAGGUUAGUGCGGACCUCUGGAGGCCAUCUGAUCUACGUCCCUGUUCAAGCAUGGGACGCCCAGAGCAGGGUGCCCAGGGCCACAUCUGCAAAUGCAGGAGCCUCUUGUCAGGGCAGGAGGGAAUGCAACUACACAUGCAAACAAAAUACCAAAUACAGUGGAGACUUUUGACUGGAUUAGGUGUUUAAAUCUGAAAUGCUUUUAAGCAUUGGGUGCUUUUUAGAAGUUCAGUGUGUUAAUAGACCUCAGUUCCUACAGUAUAUAGAAUCAACAGUCUCACAAAUUACAUUUUCCAUACAUUGCCCUCUUGGAUGUUUCUGGUAUGGUGCUUUUCUACAGCUGUCUUACUUAAAAGUGCUGGGUAGUAUUUAAAAGGGGCAGUGCUGGCCUUUCCUUUCUUGUGUACUGCUCACAGGACGAAGUACGGUAGGUCAGGGAGAUUUAACCACAGAUGGAUGCCUUUAUAAAGACCUACAACUCUAUGCAACUUUAUAUAUUAACAAAUAAACACUGAAUUGUCUUCCAGCAUUAUGGUUCACUGCCAGCCUACUUACAUUUUCUACCUUUAUAAAUACAAGGAUAAAACAGUGCUUAACAGACCUUAAUCUCUAGUCUGUAAAAAAACAGUAUUUGUAUCACUUUGAAGUACAGUUUGUAUAAAAGUUGAACUAAUAAAGGGUUAUACCAUAA